AUAGCCGCUUUGCUAGAGCAAUUUCCCCGAAGAUGGCGGCGUGUAGACGUGUUCAGCUGCUUCUGCUGUUGAUGUCCGCGUCAUUCUGCAUUUGUACCAUUCAAGCAUUUAAAACACAAAAUAAUGGCAUUGGAAAUGGACUCGGUAACCAACAAAACGCUCCUGGGCUUAACGGAGCGGCAGUCCCAGUCAAAGAUGUCCCGGUUGCCGCGGCCUCGCAGCCACGGAGGACAGCCGGCUGGAAGCUGGCAGAAGAGGAGGCCUGCAGGGAAGACUUGACCCGGCUUUGUCCGAAGAACACCUGGACCAACAAUCUAGCCGUGCUUGAGUGUUUUCAGGAGAGAAAAGAGGAUACGGAGAUUGCUGCAGACUGCAACCAUCUGCUGUGGAACUACAAGCUGAACCUAACGACCGACUCAAAGUUUGAGUCUGUUGCCAUGGAAGUCUGCAAGAGCACCAUCCCCGAGAUUAAGGAGUGUAAUGAGGAGGAGCGCGGGAGGGGCUUCCUGGUGUCCUGCCUGGUGGAUCACCGUGGCAACAUCACGGAGAACCACUGCCAGCAGUACGUAACGAAGAUGACGAGCAUCAUCUUCAGCGACUACCGGCUCAUCUGCGGCUUCAUGGACAAGUGUCGAGAGGACAUCAACACCCUGCACUGUGGCAGCAUCAGCACUGGGGAGAAGGACAUCCAUUCCCAGGGUGAGGUCAUUGCCUGCCUGGAGAAGGCCUUGGUGCGAGAGGCAGAGCAACAGGAUCUGGCUCAUCCAAUCAGAGACGAGUGUAAGAAGUCCAUCAUGCGCGUGGCCGAGCUCUCGUCCGAUGACUUCCACCUGGAUCGAUACCUGUACUUCUCCUGUCGUGAAGACCGCGAGCGCUUCUGUGAAAACACCCAAGCUGGGGAGGGCAAAGUCUACAAGUGUCUCUUCAACCAUAAGUUUGAGGAGGGCAUGUCUGAAAAGUGUCGAGACGCCUUGACCACCAGACAAAAACUGAUAGCACAGGACUACAAGGUGAGCUACUCCCUGGCCAAGGCCUGCAAGGCUGACCUGAGGAAGUACCGCUGUAACCUGGACACCAACCUGCCGCGCGCUCGCGAAGCCCGUCUCUCUUACCUGCUGCUCUGCCUGGAGUCUGCUGUCCACAGAGGACGGACGGUGAGUGGGGACUGCCAGGGGGAGAUGCUGGAUUACAGGAGGAUGCUGAUGGAGGACUUCUCCCUGAGCCCGGAGAUCGUGCUGCACUGCCGGGGGGAGAUCGAGGCCCACUGCUCGGGCCUGCACCGGAAGGGACGGACCCUGCACUGCCUCAUGAAGGUGGCCCGCGGAGACAAGGGCACUGUGGACGGCCUGUGUCAGAGCGCGCUCCAGACCCUGAUCCAGUCAGCUGACCCGGGGGCGGACUACCGAAUAGACCGUGCCCUCAACGAGGCCUGCGAGUCCGUCAUCCAGACCGCCUGCAAACACAUCCGCAACGGGGACCCCAUGAUCCUGUCCUGUCUGAUGGAGCACCUCUACACAGAGAAGAUGGUGGAGGAGUGUGAGCACCGCCUGCUGGAGCUGCAGUAUUUCAUCUCACGAGACUGGAAGCUGGACCCUAUCCUGUAUAAGAAGUGCCAGGGUGACGCUGCUCGCCUGUGCCACACCCACGACUGGAACGAGACCAGCGAGAUGAUGCCCCCUGGAGCCGUGUUCUCCUGUCUCUACCGUCACGCUUACCGCACUGAGGAGCAGGGCAGACGGCUAUCGCGAGACUGUAAGGUGGAGGUGCAGAGAAUCCUCCACCAGAGGGCGCUGGAUGUGAAGCUGGACCCUGAGCUGCAGAAACGUUGCAUGACUGACCUGGGCAAAUGGUGCAGCGAGAAGACUGACACAGGCCAGGAGUUGGAGUGUCUACAGGACCAUCUAGAGGACCUGGUUUCAGAGUGCAGAGAUGUGGUGGGCAACCUGACUGAGCUGGAGUCUGAGGACAUUCAGAUUGAAGCCCUGCUGAUCCGUGCCUGUGAACCAGUCAUCCAGUCCCACUGCCACGAUGUAGCAGAUAACCAGAUAGACACAGGGGACCUGAUGGAGUGCCUGGUGCAGAACAAACACCAGAAGGAGAUGAAUGACAAGUGCACCGUGGGCGUCACCCACUUCCAGUUGAUCCAAAUGAAGGACUUCCGCUUCUCCUACAAGUUCAAGAUGGCUUGCAAGGAGGAUGUGCUGAAGCUGUGUCCCAACAUAAAGAAGAAGGUGGAUGUGGUCAUCUGUCUGAGCUCCACGGUGAGGAACGACACCCUGCAGGAUGUCAAGGAGCAGCGCGUCUCUCUCAAGUGCCGCAAGCAGCUGAGGGUGGAGGAGCUGGAGAUGUCGGAGGACAUAAGGCUGGAGCCCGACCUCUACGACUCUUGUAAGACUGACAUCAGCAGACUCUGCUCCAACGUGGCCUUUGGUAACGCACAGAUGAUUGAGUGUUUGAAGGAGAGUAAGAAACAGUUGUCUCAGCGCUGUCACCAGAAAGUCUUCAAGCUGCAGGAGGUGGAGAUGAUGGACCCAGAGUUGGACUACCAGCUCAUGAGGGUCUGCAAGCAGAUGAUUAAGCGGUUCUGUACUGAGGCGGAUGCCAAGAACAUGCUGCAGUGUCUGAAGCAGAACAAGAACAGUGAGCUGAUGGAUCCCAAAUGCAAACAGAUGAUCACCAAGAGACAGAUCACACAGAACACAGAUUACAGGUUGAACCCUGUGCUGAGGAAGGCCUGUAAAGCCGACAUCCCUAAAUUCUGCCAGGGCAUCCUGAACAAAGCCAGCGACGACAGCGAGUUGGAGGGGCAGGUUAUCUCCUGCCUCAAACUCAAAUAUGCUGACCAGAGGCUGUCCUCAGAUUGUGAGGACCAGAUCAGAGUCAUCCUUCAGGAGUCUGCUCUGGACUACAGACUGGACCCACAGCUCCAGAUGCACUGCACUGAGGAGAUCAAUCGACUGUGUGCGGAAGAAGCAUCUGCUCAGGAGCAGACUGGACAGGUGGAGGAGUGUCUGAAGGUCAACCUGCUCAAGAUCAAACAUGAGACCUGCAAAAAGGAGGUUCUGAACAUGCUGAAGGAGAGUAAGGCAGACAUCUUUGUUGACCCCGUGCUCCACACAGCCUGUGCACUGGACCUUAAGCACCACUGUGCCGCCAUCACACCUGGCAGAGGACGACAGAUGUCCUGCCUGAUGGAGGCCCUGCAGGACAAGAGGGUGCGUCUGCAGCCGGAGUGUAAGAAGAGAUUGCAGGACCGCAUCGACAUGUGGAGCUACGCCGCCAAGGUGGCGCCGGCGGAGGGCUUUUCAGACCUGGCCAUGCAGGUGAUGACCUCGCCUUCGAAGAACUACAUCCUGCUGAUGAUCACAGUGGGCGUGUGCAUGCUCUUCCUGGUGGGACUGCUAUGUGGACGCAUCACCAAGCGGGUCACACAGGAACUGAAGGACAGGUAGAGGAGGACCGGACCCCCCUCAUAAGAGACUCUUUCUCCAAAGGCCCAUCUAAGAUGCCCCAAGCCCCUGUCAAACACCCUUGGUUUGGCCCAAAUGCCUCAACCAAACCCCCAGGGUUCUUGUUCACAUUGGGGGUCCUAUUCCUUGGCCGCCCAAGCACCCUCCCAACUUCCCCACAGUGCCAUGUUUGGACCCCCCCAUUCACACUCCCACAUAGUACUGAAGAAUACGCAUUCAAAUGCCCUAGCCUUUCUACUGAAGGUACUUCGACUACGGUCAUUCUUUGGUCCUGUCGAGAGGAAGCUUUUUUUCUUUUUGAAGAAAUCUUGCUUUUUGACCGUUUGAUCCCCAGACAAACAUUUUGUGGACCCUUCUAGAGUUGGCUUGAAACCCACAGGUUGUCCUUCAGCCAAAUCUGAUAUUGUAUGUUAAUAAGUAUUUUAUGGGUGAGGACAGAGAUGGCAGCAGUUGCAUCAGUUCAGUUACUAGGCCGGCGCCUACAUUGGCCACCAGCACAGCCUCCUUCUCCUCUUUGUCCCGACGGAAAAGAACCUGCUUUUGAUUUGUGAUGUUGCGUUGGCGUUGGAAUUUUGUUAUUUUUUUUGUAUAAAGGGAUAUAAAUGGUGGAGGCAGAGGGGUGGUGGGGAUUUUUUUUGUGUUUCUUUCCAAUUGAAUACCCCAGGGGACUCUGAAGACAAACACCCAAGGCUCCCCUUACAUCACUGGAUAUAGCUUCUUUUUUUUUUCUUUUGCAAAUUGUAAUUUUUUUGUCUUAUUUCUUAUGUACACUUUGUUAAAUUUUUCAAUUGGCACUGAAUUUGCUGAACUAUGAGAUUAUGAUGUUCUGACUAUUUGGGAGGCCUCUUGUGUCCUUUGAGUAUCUGACCCAGCCGCACCUCCAUAGCCAUGUCGAGGACCAAUUCACUUUCUGUAGUGAAGAAAUAAACAACCCCUGCAAAUGAUUGAGAUGGAUGGGUGCAUCGGUGUACAUCUAGUUUUAGAUUUGUCAUAUUCUAAUUUGAAUCAUUGCACAUUUUUUUUUUUGAUUGUGUACUUUUUGUUUGGUUGCAGCCUUAUUUAUUGUUUACUAAUGAUCGGUUGAAUUUUUAUGAAGUCCUCGUUGCGUGCUUGCGUGUGUGUGGAUUCACUCACACUAUCCACUAACUAGAUGUCUUUUCUGCUCAAAUGACCCAAGUGAAGGGUGUUGGUUGGGAAUCCUAGGAAUAUAGAAACAUUUAGAUAUUUAAUAUGAUGGAUGUGUUUAGGUUAUGGGAUCUGGUGAGAUUGUACAUUUUGAAGCUACCAACCAACAUUUUUGUUUUAAAAGAAGCCACAGGAUGUCCACACUUUGCAAAGGCAUAAUGUAUAUCAUUCUCUCCUUCCUUUAGAUUGCUUUUCUUUUCUUUAGGAGUCCUUUCACAGAAAUCUGAACAAACUGGCUAUAACUCAACACCCAUGUCCACACUGGUGAACAGAAGCCCCUCUUGGGUCAAAAGGCAGCAGCACCCAGGAAAUAUGGGGCUGCAGCAAAGCCCAUUGGAAUUUAACUAGACAGUACCCUUGUAGACCAACUGAUUAUAUAUAAACAGCAUAUAUUUCGUUGUAUAGGUACUAAGGUGAGCUUAAUCAUUAACUCUACAGGUGCUACUUUUGCACCAGGACUGGUUCUGGAGACUUGCUGUUUGUUCAGACCAACUAAAUGAACGUGACAUGUUUGUACAUGGCUGAGAUCCUUUGUGAAUGGGGCGGACCCACAGAGCCAAGCCAGAACCAUGUUAUCCCAAACUUUGUAUGACAGGUCUGCUCAGAUCCUGAUCAUAUUUAUGUCUACAGAAUGGAGGAGCUUGAGAGAGAGUGUGUGUGUGUGUGUCUGAGUGUGUGUGUGUGUCUGAGUGUGUGCAUGAGGGUGUAUUGGUCAUCAUGCAGCAUUGUGUUGGGAUAGUUGGUUAGUUUGGCUCUUUUUGUAGAUGCUAUAUGAAAACAACUCAAUAUUGUACAAGAACAAUGAAUGUUAUUCACAGAUGUUUCUCAUACCUACCUGAGUUGUUUAUACAAAGUGGUAACAAUGGUGUAUUGUCUGCAAAAGAUUUUGUUCUUUCAGUUGACAUCCAGUAUCCAAACAGAACCUACAUUUUAUGUACUUGCAGUUGGAGUUCUUGCAGUUGGAGUUCCUCUGACUAUCAAAAAGUACCACUGAAACCUGAACUUUUGUGAUUUGAAGAUGUAUUCCAGGACCAAAGUGGCAAGGGAAGGCUGUUGCUUGGUUUGAAAAUAAAUGUGUGGGUACAUUGUGGGGAAUUACAGGUUUCACAGUUUAUUUACUUUCAGUGAUGUUAAUGCCUUUGUGAGAAAUUAUCUACUGUGUUUGGGUACUGUGGAAGAAAUGGGAUUUGUUUGUCCAGUUCAUUUGGGAGCCACCCAACACUGAAUCUUAAUAAUUGUGUGGCUUAUAACCCCCCUCCUCCCAAGUGAGACUGCAGCCUGCUACUCUUACACUGGCUGGGACAAGGCCUCCCCUUCUAUGACUGGCAAAGAGACUGCGAGUGUCAACGCUAAUCAGUCCAGCACACAAUGCCGGUACUACGUAGGGGGAGCUGGGGUCGGCAUUGCAAAGCUGCCUAGCAUCGGGCCCGCCUGCACGUAUGGUUCCAAAGCAGAAGAUUUAAAUGCUUCUUUGUUGCCCAAACCAACCCCCAGGCUCUGAGCUUUGCUGAAGUCACAGUACUUGUCCCUUGUCUGUCUGCUUGAAGUGAGACUUUCUUGAAUCAGAUUGAUGAAAAGAUAACCGAUUUUGUCAUUUUAUUUCAGUGUGCAAAGUUAUGGAUGUGCUGUUUAUUUUUCGUUUCAGAUCAUGCCAUGUAAUAAUGAGAUGUAACAGAUUUAACAUUGUGCAUUUUCUUUUUGCUGUACAGAAAAUUUGUCAAUUUAAUAAAACUGUCUGCAGAUUUUCA